AUGAACGUACCCGAAGAGGCUGUGAUGACGGCCGAGGCUGAGCAAACGACGAGCCGGCGGUUAGCCCCGGCGCGUCCGACCGGCGUGGAACGGACGGAGGCCGCGUACGGAGGCCGCGUACGGAGGGCCGCGUACGGAGGCCGCGUACGGAGGCCGCUCCAAACGCGUCGGCUCGACGAGAAAGAAGGCCGAGGCGACGACGACGAUGACGACGACGACGAUGACGACGACGACGAUGACAGAGGCCGACGACGAAGACAGAGGCAACGACGAAGGCGAGAGAGAGUCGAGCGUCGGUCGUCGGUUUCGCCCGGUUGGGCGAGCCGGGCGACGUGGAGUGCACCGGGCGGGGAGACGCUCGCCGAUGUUCCGAUCCGCUGCCUGGAAGUCAAGCGCUUUGUGCCAGGGCGACGCGUUCCUGAAUCUACGCGCUUGCUUCACCGGAGGGGAGAGAGCCGGUCCCCGAAGGCCGCCUACGACGCCGAGGAGCUCGAGGAUGAGAUCGGGCGAGAGGGAUUCCGCAGAGUCGAUCGUCACCAAAAGCCGGAGGGGGAGAGGGAGGGGGAGGAUGAGCGGGAGAAGGGGGGAUGUCCCUCGCCGUCACGAGUCAAUACGCCCGCUGCGAUACUGACGGACCCCGAGAACGGAGACGUCGUCGCUCGUGACUGCCGGAUGCGAUGUCUGAAAAUGAAAUUUAAACGACUGGCUGGCAUGUGGGACAUUUUUUCCCCUGACGGUAACGGUCCUAAUGUGCAACCCGGGUCUCCACCCCAGCUUCGGCAGAUCGUCUACAGGCCCCAGCAGGCCGGCUACCAGCCAUCCGUCUACCAUCUUAAGCCAAAGCCCAAGCAGCCCGGCUACCAGCCGUCCAUCUACCAGCUAAAGCUCCUGCCCGGUUACCCGCUUAAGCCCAGCUUCCCUCCCAAUCCCCAACAAGGGGUGCUUCAAACCAAAGCUGGCAUGUGGGACUUUCAUUACCCCAAUGGUGGUGUUUCUGAUCCUGAAAUUCAACCCGGUACCCCACCCAAGAAACCCAGCUUCCCGCCCCAGCAAGGGGUGCCUCAAACCAAAGCUAGUAUGCAGCCCAGGUCCCCAUCCCCAACCCAGCAGGGGGUGUUUCAAACCAAAGCUGGCGUGUUAGACAUUUUUUCUUCCGUUGGCAUCUCUAGUCCUAAUGUAAAGCCCGGGUUCCCAUCCCAGCAGUCCAGCUACCAGCCGUCCGUCUCAGUGCACCAGCCCAGCUACCAGCCCCAGCUAGUCGGAAUUCAAAGCAAAGCUGGCAUUUGGGAAUUCUUUUCUCCCGAUGGAAGGGUUUCUGGUCCUAAUGUGGAGCCUGCCAACCUAAAUAAAGAAAUGACUGUUCCUCCAGGAUCCCCACACCGUCCCAGGUGGCAGCAGUCACUGGUUCCUGUGUAAAACGGCAGCCAUUGACCCAACUAUCCAUGCUGUUCCUGACCACAUUCUGAAAGCAGUCAUUCCUGGCAUCAACCCUUUUGUGAAAUUCAAUAAAGUACUUUCAACUGCA